CAGGAGAGAGAAUCUUGAAUGAGUCCAUCACACAACACAAUCAGUUGUGCGCCUCAUUGGCAUUUCCUUCGCUACUUUUCGCACAAUUUUCCAUGGGGUCGAGCAAGGAUUCUAUUUUGUCCGCACGACGCAGCGGCUCUCUGGGUAGUGGCAGCGCCGCCGUAGCGGACGAUGCUGCGGCGGAGGCGGGAUUUCGCGCGGCCAUGCGCUUCAUUCGGAAGGGCCCAUCCGCCUCUCUGCAGUUCGUGAUAGACGGGAAGCGCGCCGAGCUGUACGCGUUAGAGACACAGGCAGUACACGGCCCAUGUGUCGAGGCCAGUGCAAACCCUCCCGUGCUCGAGGAUCCGUCUAGCAGGCGGCGGCGCGAGGCAUGGGUAGCCCUAGGGCAGAUGCCAGCAGCGGAGGCCAAGAGGCAGCUGGUGGCGCUGCUCUCACUGCUCAUUCCCGACUGGCGCGACUGGGAGGGCGGCAGCAGGGGCAAAGGAGGGGCGUGUGGGGGCCACGUGGAAGCAGGCAAGAGCAGAGGGACGGUGGGGGGGCAGGGUGAUAGGCAGGAAGAAGAUUCGGGUUGCGUGGACGUGAAAAGGGAUGGGGAAGGGGAUGGGGAGCAGGGGGGAGGGCUGGCUGAUCAGCUGUUGAGGCGGUUUGCAGCUCGCACCAAUGUGUCGCUGACAGCACUAAGGGCCCGGUUGUGAAGGUUGCUAAGGGAGCCUGCGGCAUUUUACAACGCUGGGAAUUAUAAGGGCGUGCUCCUACACAGGGUGCUAAUUAUCAGACUUUUUUUGUCCGAUUGUCUGAUUUUCUGACAGGUUUUUCCGGGUUUCUCUGAUUUUCCAGACAAGGAUUUUGAUUUUCUCUGAUUUGGCCAGACAACGUUUUUAGGUUUCUCUGUUUUUUUCAGACUACCAUAUUCGCCCGGAUAGAAGACCCAUGGGUCUUGUCCACUACCCCCUAAGAAUUUAGAGGUUUGUCUUACCGGUAUAAACGGAAGGAAUAAGGGGUCUUAUAAUUC